CGACUUCAUGACGAGAGGCUACAGUGUGAGAUGAGGUCAACCUCAUGGUGCCAGGAAGCCUCAAUCCAACAAUAUGUCACAAUCGGUCGGAAUAGCAGGAAUCUCGUUUCUGUUGUACCUCUACCAACACUACCACCCUGUACGAUGAUUCGGGGACGAAGCGCAUGAAUGUCGAAGCCAUUUUCUCGCCAUACGUACGCAUUCCGCGCUUCGUGGCGAAUUGCAUGGGAGCAUAAAGAAAGUGAGCUCAUACAUCACUUGAUCGUAGAAGUCUAGGCCUCUCGCUGACUUGCAUGCACAACCCGAUCUCGAAUGACAUAACAACCUCCGUACAAACUGCCAACCUACUCAGUCAUAAGUCUUGGGGAGUUUGUACUAUAGGUAUCAGAUCCGAAGGGAUGGGGAAACCCGUUCAGGUGAAAGGGACCGGUUUCGCCAAUGCAGAUCGCACAUACCGUCGUGAGGACGUGUUGCGCAAUACUUGUAUAGAACUGAUCGAUGAGGUAAUAGAAAUCUCGUGGUACUCGGUACUUUCUACAUAUUCUAAUGUAUUGCUCAGCUAG